GCUGGGCUGGGAAACAGAGCCGCUGGAAAAACAUGUAACGGUGUUAAAGAUAACGCUGCAUCCACCCACGGCAUCCUUUACCGAGACUCAAUUCACCAACAGACACCAAUUGCCUUCCAUCACAUUGGGACUUUAUGGGGUGGUGGGGACGGCCUAGUCCCCCACCUUGAUCAGGAGCCAUGAGUACACCAGGCAAGGUCAGCGGGCUCAAACCCCCGAGCAGAAUAGUCCGUCCAUCUGGGGUGCCUGCAAAAACCUCACCAUCCUCUGGUGCUUCUAAGUCAGUUCCUCCUCCUGAGAAGCCCCCCGGCAGCGCCCCCUCCCCGACCCAGGAUGGAGGCGCAGACUUCAAGGUUGGAGAGAAGGUCUGGGUCAACGGCAACAAGCCCGGCUACGUGCAGUUCAUCGGGGGCACGCAGUUCGCCCCCGGGCAGUGGGCCGGCAUCGUGCUGGACGAGGCCAUCGGGAAGAACGACGGCUCUGUGGCGGGGGUCCGCUACUUCCAGUGUGAGGAUGGGAGGGGGAUCUUCACACGGCCUUCAAAGCUGUCAAAGACUCUACUGCCAGAGAAGGAGGCCAACGGGGGCCAGGCCAGUCCAGCACCAGCACCAGUAGCCACGGCAACAAGUGAGGCUGCACCUGCUGGCACCACCUCAACUGCUCAGGGCACCGGCAUCAAGACGGCACUGAACCGAAUGCUCACAUCCAGUGAGUCAGUGUCCAACGUCUCAGACACAGAAUCCAUGAAGAAGAAGAGGGAGCUGCGGCAUGGAGACCGUGUCCUGGUUGGUGGUAACAAGGCAGGAGUGGUGCGGUUUCUGGGAGAGGCAGACUUUGCAAAGGGAGAGUGGUGCGGGGUGGAACUAGACGAACCACUUGGAAAGAACGAUGGAGCUGUAGCAGGGACCAGGUACUUCCAGUGCAUGCCCAGGUACGGGCUGUUCGCUCCGGCCCACAAGGUGACGCGCAUCGGCUUCCCGUGCACCACGCCCACCAAGUCCAAGAGCUCCCGCAGGAAGUCCGCCAUCAAGAGGAGCCCCAGCGCCUCCUCCAUCAGCUCGCUGAGCUCCGCCGCCUCCUCCAUCAGCGGCAGACCCAGCAGAGCAGGACUGCUGACGGAGACAUCUGCUCGGUACGCUCGUAAGAUCUCCGGCACCACGGCGCUGCAGGAGGCUCUGAAGGAGAAGCAGCAGCACAUCGAACAGCUGCUGGCAGAGAGAGACCUGGAGAGAUGUGAGGUGGCCAAGGCUACCAGCCACGCUGGAGAGGUGCAGCAGGAGAUGGUUGUUCUAAGGAAAGGACGCGAUCAGUAUGCACUGGAGAUGGAGGCCAAGCUGGAUCAGCUGCGUUCGCUGGUGGAGGCAGCGGAUAGAGACAAGGUGGAGCUGCUCAACCAGCUGGAGGAAGAGAAGAGAAAAGUGGAAGAUCUGCAGUUUACUGUGGAGGAAGCCUGCAUCACCAGAGGAGACCUGGAGACGCAGACCAGACUGGAGCAUGCCCACAUAAAGGAGCUUGAGCAGAGCCUGCUCUUUGAAAAGACCAAAGCUGAAAAACUCCAGAGGGAUUUAGAGGACACUAGGGUGGCCACGGUGUCGGAGCGCUCCCGCAUCAUGGAGCUGGAGAGGGAGGUGGCCGACCUCCAGCUGCGUCUCCGGGCGUCCCAGCAGAAGGAGGACGCUGCGUCUCUGUCCCAGCAGCAGAUCAGCAGCCUCAAGGCCCAGGCCCAGUCUCAGGAGAAAAAGAUCAGUGAGCUGAGUGUCGACGUGGAGAGCAAACAGAAAGAGCUUCAGUCUGUGCAGCAAGAUAAGAGCGAUGUGGAGCAGCAGCUGACCAGCCUGAGACAAACGCUGGAGACAGCUGAGGAGGAGAGCAGGAGGACAGCGAAGACCAUGCAAGAGCUGGAGCAGAGUGUGGAGCAGUCAAAGAAAGAGCAUCAGACCCUGAAAGAGGAGAGUCAGAGCAGAGAGAAAGAGCUCUCACAGGCUGUUGAAAAGUCAGAGAGGACGGCGCUGCUGCUUGAGCAGCUGACCAAUGAGAAGAAGACGCUGGAGACACAGCUCGAGGCUUUAAAACAGCAGAACUCCAAAUACCAGGAGGAGCUCAGCCUGUCGAAGGAGCGGAGCAGCUCGGAAACGCAGCGAAUCGGAGUCCUCUGCAAGGAAAUCGAGGAGCUGAAGCUGGCCUCCCAGAAGUCUCAGCAUCUUGACGAGCACAAUGAGGAGCGUAACAGUCAACUGACAGACAUGAAGACCAGAGAAAACAUUUCUAAUCAGGACACAGGAGCCUUAAUAUCAGACAAGGACCGGGAGCUGGAGACUCUGAGGAACGAGAUCGCCGUGCUGCGAGGAGAAAACGCCAUGGCCAAGACGCUGCAGUCGGCCGUGGAGGCUCUGGAGAGAGACAAAGCUCAGCUGCAGGGCUGCGUCCACAACCUGGAGCAGAGGCUCAUGGGAACGCAGGCCUCAGAGGGAGGAGACAGGGAAGCUCCGCCCACAGGCAAUGCAGCUCUGGAGCAGCUGAGGGAGGAGAAGGAGUUCGCUGAGGGCCAGAUCAACUUCCUGAACAGCGUGAUUGUGGACCUGCAGAGGAAGAACGAGGAGCUGAAGAUCAAACUGAAGAAGCUGGCGCUGGCCGAGUUCAACGGCAACGACGGGACAGACGGGUUCGUUGAAGGCGUGUCUAAGCGGGACAAGAAGGCGACUCCUCGUCUCUUCUGUGAUAUCUGCGACUGCUUCGACCUCCACGACACCGAGGACUGUCCCACUCAGGCCCAGAGCCCCGACUCGGUACCUCACACCACCUACCACGGCAACCCGGCCGACCAGAGGCCCUACUGCGACAUCUGCGAGGCGUUCGGCCACGCCACGGAGUCCUGCAACGACGACCAGACCUUCUAGUAGCUCCAACAGACUCUUUACCUGCAUCCUAACCCUCCUCUUCCUCUUAAACACAGCUAACCUUUUACUCUCCACAGCCUGACCCACUCAAUCCCCUCCAGAUUUUUCCAUAUUGUAUUUUUAUACUGUAUUUAUGCAUAUCACUGGUAGCCACUGUCCUCUACUCUGCAGCUCUUUUCUCUGAAGAUAAACUGUCUUGCAGAAUGCUCGUCCAAAUAUGCUGCUUUGGUGCAAUAUUGAUGUUUAUAACAAAAACCGAUCUGCACUUUGUCGUUUUUAUCGUGUUUUGCAUUUAAGUUUGUUUCUAAAA